ACGAUGACCUCCGAGGAGGGUCCCGGGCCCCUGGCCGUAGGCCACAUAGGAGCCGGGCUGCAUGAGGACUACACCCCUAUCCAAGGGGAUGACAUCAUUGAGGAGGUGGGGCCAGGCGAUGAUGUCAGCAACGACCUCAGCGCUUUGGUGGUGCCCUUUCCAGAGCUGGCACCCGUGGUCUUCUUCUGCCUCAAGCAGACCACAUGUCCUCGCAACUGGUGCAUCCGCAUGGUGUCCAGCCCGUGGUUCGAGCGAAUCAGCAUCAUGGUGAUCCUCUUGAACUGUGUGACUCUGGGGAUGUACCAGCCCUGCGAGAACAUCGACUGCACCUCGGACCGCUGCCAGAUUCUACAGGCGUUCGAUGCGUUUAUCUACAUCUUCUUUGCGCUGGAGAUGGUGGUGAAGAUGGUGGCUCUGGGGAUCUUCGGCCGUCGCUGUUACCUUGGCGAUACGUGGAACAGACUGGACUUCUUCAUCGUCAUGGCAGGGAUGGUAGAGUACUCCCUUGAUCUCCAGAACAUCAACCUCUCCGCCAUCAGGACAGUGCGAGUUCUCAGGCCACUCAAAGCCAUCAACCGAGUUCCCAGUAUGCGUAUCCUGGUGAACCUGCUGCUCGACACUCUGCCCAUGCUCGGGAACGUGCUCCUGCUUUGCUUCUUCGUCUUCUUCAUCUUCGGCAUCAUCGGUGUACAACUGUGGGCGGGGCUUCUGCGCAACCGCUGCUACCCAGAGGACAACUUCACACUUCCAUCCGGAGUGACUCUCCCCACCCCCUACUACCAGCCCCAGGAGGAGGACGGGCGGCCCUUCAUCUGCUCGUUAGCACAGGAUAACGGGAUCAUGUCGUGCUCAGAUGUUCCUCCACUGAGGGAAGGAGGGACGGAGUGCUGUUUGGAUAAAGAGGACGCUCUCCAGGCCCUCGGAUCAGAACCUAAUGGCAGCUCCAUGGGGCUCUGCGUCAACUGGAACCAGUACUAUACCCGCUGUGUGACUGGGAACAGCAACCCCCACAAGGGCGCCAUUAAUUUUGACAACAUCGGAUAUGCUUGGAUCGUCAUCUUUCAGGUGAUCACGUUAGAAGGCUGGGUGGAAAUCAUGUACUACGUGAUGGACGCUCACUCGUUCUACAACUUCAUCUACUUCAUCCUGCUCAUCAUCAUCGGCUCGUUCUUCAUGAUUAACCUGUGCCUGGUGGUCAUCGCCACGCAGUUCUCGGAGACGAAGCAGCGAGAACAUCAGCUGAUGCAGGAGCAGCGAGCCCGCUGUCUGUCCUCCAGCACGCUGGCGUCUCUCACCGAGCCGGGCGACUGCUACGAGGAGCUCUUCCAGCUGGUGUGUCACGUCCUGCGUAAGGCCCGGCGCCGCUCCGUCGCCCUCUACUACACACUCCGAGGUAAAGCUCCGCCUCCCGGGGGAGGGCGGGGUCGGAGAAGAGGAGGAGUCAAAGCCAACGGAGGCGAGAAUCGCCAGUAUCGCUCUUCUCAGGUGUCUCGCUGUCCACACCACAGUAAAAUGGACCACAGCCCCCACCCUCUGGAUAAUUCUAUACCUAUUUCUAUUUCUCCCCACACUGAAGAUUGUCCUGAGUGCACAGCCCUGUCAAUCAGGGAGGGGGCGGGGCCAGGGGUAGACUCAGCCAAUGGUGAGGAAGGUGAUGGAGCACUGGAGGAGACAGAUCGGGAGGAGAACCACUUAGAAGACAGACUAGAUGAAGAGGAGGAGGAUGAGGAGGAGGAGGAGGAGGGUGAGACUGAGGAAGAGGAUGAUGAGGAAGUGGAUGGUCAAAUAAAGAAGAAAAGGAAGAAGAAGAAAAAGAAGAAGCGGCGGUCCUGCUUUUGGAAAUGUAAGGACCUGUGGGAUGAGAUGAGAGUGAAACUGUGGAGCAUUGUCGAAAGCAAAUAUUUCAACCGAGGAAUCAUGAUCGCCAUCCUCAUCAACACCAUCAGCAUGGGCAUCGAACACCACAACCAGCCUGAGGAACUCACCAACGUGCUGGAGGUCUGCAACAUCGUCUUCACCAGCAUGUUCACGCUAGAGAUGAUCCUCAAACUCACGGCGUUCGGCUUCUUCGAGUACCUGAGGAACCCGUAUAACAUCUUCGACGGCAUCAUCGUCAUCAUCAGUGUGUGUGAGAUCAUCGGCCAGUCGGACGGCGGUCUCUCCGUCUUGAGGACCUUCAGGUUGUUGAGGGUGAUAAAGCUGGUGCGCUUCAUGCCCGCUCUCCGCCGGCAGCUUGUGGUCCUCAUGAAGACCAUGGACAAUGUGGCGACCUUCUGCAUGCUCCUCAUGCUCUUCAUCUUCAUCUUCAGUAUUUUGGGGAUGCACAUAUUCGGUUGUAAGUUCAGUCUGAGGACGGAAGCUGGGGAUACGGUUCCUGAUCGGAAGAACUUCGACUCUCUGCUCUGGGCCAUCGUCACUGUGUUUCAGAUCCUGACUCAGGAGGACUGGAACAUGGUUCUGUAUAACGGCAUGGCCUCCACCUCUCCGCUCGCCGCGCUCUACUUCGUGGCCCUGAUGACGUUCGGGAACUACGUCCUGUUCAACCUGCUGGUGGCCAUCCUGGUGGAGGGCUUCCAGGCUGAGGGUGACGCUAACAGAUCGUACUCAGACGAUGACCGUUCCUCCUGCAACUUUGAAGAAAAAGAGAAAGAUCCUCUCCAGCUGUCAGAUCCUAAAAUCUGCACUUUGACCCCUAACGGGCACCUGGACCUGGCGCCGAUGCCCAACGCCCUCGGAGUGUACCCCGCUGAGCGGCUAAGCUUCGCUCUGGGCUCCAGGAAGAACAGUGUGAGUUCCCUUGGGAGAACCGGUCUGGAGCAGAGAACCCUGUGUGCAGCUGGAGGUUCUCUGUACACUUGGACUCAGCCGGCUCCGGCUCCUCAGGGCUCGUGGAGCCGCAGGUCCAGCUGGAACAGCGUGGGGCGGCCGAGCCGGAGCGUCGGGGUGGGCACAGGGGGCAGUCUGAGGGUGCGAGGCCCUCACUCGUACCAACCUGAGCACGAAUCCCUCCUCUCUUCUCCUCCCCUACACCCUCCUCCUCCUCUUCCACCUCCUCCUCCGCUCUUCUCCAGACAUUUUGUACCCCAGAGGGAUCGCCGCGCUCUCUCUCUGGAGCUCCCUGAACUGCUCCAGGUCCCCGGGGCUCCGCCCACCUCGUUGCACUCACGCCAGCGCAAGAAAAGCUUCUCAGGAGGACCGACAGGAGCGGCCGAACAUCUGGACUGUAACGGCAAGACGCCGGCGGCGCAGCAGCAGAUCUUCAGCGAAGUUUAUCCGCAAGUCAACACUCGCAAAGACCGAGACGACCUGGAGGACGAGAUCGACUACAGUUUGUGCUUCAGGAUCCAGAAGAUGAUGGAAGUCUAUCGUCCUGACUGGUGUGAGACGAGAGAGGACUGGAGCGUCUUUCUCUUCUCCCCUCAGAACAAGUUCAGACUGAUGUGCCAGUCCAUCAUCGCCCACAAGCUGUUCGACUACGUGGUUCUGGCCUUCAUCUUCUCUAACUGCAUCACUGUGGCUCUGGAGAGACCCAAAAUCCUCCAAGGCAGUUUGGAGAGGCUCUUCCUCACCAUCUCUAAUUACAUCUUCACUGCUAUCUUCGUGGGUGAGAUGACUCUAAAGGUGGUGUCGAUGGGGUUGUACCUGGGCGAUCAGGCGUACCUGCGCAGCAGCUGGAAUAUCCUCGAUGGUUUUUUGGUGUUCGUCUCGUUGGUUGACAUCGUGGUGUCGAUGGCGGGCGGAGCUAAGAUCCUGGGGGUUCUCAGGGUUCUCAGGCUCCUGCGCACGCUGCGCCCCCUCAGGGUUAUCAGUCGAGCUCCGGGCCUCAAGCUGGUCGUGGAGACUCUGAUUACGUCUCUGAAGCCCAUCGGGAACAUCGUUCUUAUCUGCUGCGCUUUUUUCAUCAUCUUCGGUAUCCUCGGUGUUCAGCUUUUCAAGGGAAAGUUCUUCUACUGUCUGGGUCUGGAUGUCAGGAACAUCACCAACAAGUCUGACUGCCUGCUCGCUAAUUACAAGUGGGUUCAUCACAAGUACAACUUUGACAACCUGGGACAGGCGCUCAUGUCUCUGUUCGUCCUCGCUUCCAAGGACGGCUGGGUCAACAUCAUGUAUCACGGCCUCGAUGCGGUCGGUGUGGACCAGCAGCCUCUCAUCAACAACAACCCCUGGAUGCUGCUGUACUUCAUCUCCUUCCUCCUCAUCGUCAGUUUCUUCGUGCUCAACAUGUUCGUGGGCGUGGUGGUCGAGAACUUCCACAAGUGCCGACAACACCAGGAGGUCGAGGAGGCCAAGAGGAGGGAGGAGAAGCGACUGCGGCGCAUGGAGAAGAAGAGACGGAAAGCCCAGAAGUUGCCGUAUUACUCCAGUUACAGUCACGUCCGCCUGAUGAUCCACAACCUGUGCACCAAUCACUACCUGGACCUCUUCAUCACCUUCAUCAUCUGUGUGAACGUGGUCACCAUGUCCCUGGAGCACUACAGCCAGCCGCACUCUCUGGAGAUCACUCUCAAGUACUGUAAUUAUUUCUUUACCAGCACGUUUGUGCUCGAGGCCGUGCUGAAACUCAUCGCAUUUGGCUUCCGACGCUUUUUCAAAGACAGGUGGAAUCAGUUGGAUCUGGCUAUAGUUCUGCUCUCAGUGAUGGGCAUCACGUUGGAGGAGAUCGAGAUCAGCGCCGCUUUACCCAUCAACCCCACCAUCAUCCGCAUCAUGAGGGUUCUCCGCAUCGCCCGAGUCCUAAAGCUGUUAAAGAUGGCGACAGGAAUGAGAGCUCUGCUGGACACAGUGGUACAGGCUCUACCUCAGGUGGGGAACCUCGGCCUCCUCUUCAUGCUGCUGUUCUUCAUCUACGCUGCGCUGGGAGUCGAACUGUUCGGAGAACUCGUAUGUAAUGAGGAUUAUCCAUGCGAGGGGAUGAGUCGACACGCCACCUUCGAGAACUUCGGCAUGGCGUUCCUCACGCUCUUCCAAGUGUCCACGGGCGAUAACUGGAACGGCAUCAUGAAGGACACGCUUCGCGAGUGCCCCCCAGGCGAGUAUAACUGUAACCCCAGCCUGCAGUUCAUCUCCCCGCUGUACUUCGUGAGCUUCGUGCUGACGGCGCAGUUCGUCCUCAUCAACGUGGUGGUGGCCGUGUUAAUGAAGCACCUCGACGACUCCAACAAGGAGGCACAGGAGGAGGCCGAGAUGGACGCCGAGAUCGAGCUGGAGCUGGCGCACGGCGCCCUCUGCUGUAUGGGAGGUCUGUCUGGAGGUGGAGGAGCACCUGGAGGAACUGGAGGAGGAGUAGGAGGAGUAGGAGGCGCUGGAGGAGCUGGAGGAGGGAAGAGAGGAGGAGAAGGAGAAAAGCAUGGAGGUGGAGGAAGCGCUGGAGCUGCACCACAUUCACCAGGAGAACAUAAAAGCAACAGCUCCAACAAACUGUACUCACCAGUACAGGAGAACAUAUGGCUGGACAGCGUGUCUCUGCUCAUUAAAGACACGUUUGAUGGAGAGAUGUUAUUGAUUGACAAGCUCUCUGGCUCCGUCUUCCAUCACUACUCAUCUCCAUCAUCGCGUAAAGACUGCGAGAGUCACCCGGAGGAGCAGAUCCACAUGGCUGAGCUGGAGCGAGCGUCUCUGAGAUCAGAGCGACUCUCGGACAGAUCUGCCUCGCCGGCGCGUCCUGAUGACCUCGUCCUGGAUGAGCACAAUGUUUAUCAGAUGGAGAAGAGCUCGGAGGAGGCAGCAGGGGGCGAAGAGGCAGCCAGAGCCGAGGACGGAGCUCACAGAUGGCUCCGGAAGCCACACACACCGAACCGCCACAGCAUCGGUGGGACUCUGUGCAGCAGCGGUGGCAGGCAUGAUGGUGGUAUUGGAGGUGUCUCUUCUGCAGUCUUCCAUCUACCCGCUGAGUUUUUUCAUCCAGCAGCAGCAGCACUCCCAGCACCCCCGAGGGCUCGUCUGGGUCACAAACCCCGAGGCCUGAGGCUGACCUCUCCGGCGUCCUGGGCCUCCCUCCGCUCACCUGGGGCCAACAUUGAACUUCUCACUGCACAGUACGCCUCGCACAGCGACACAUCCCUGGCCACGGGCAGCUCGGAGGGAAGUCUGCAGACCACCAUGGAGGAGGGGCUUAGCUUCAGUGUCUCAUCAUCACAGGAACCCAACAGAGGACUUUCCACAGAGACACUGAGACCUGUCUUUGAACUCCACAGUAAUAAAGGAGUCCAGGGCAGCUGCCGGGGUUCCUUAGCCCCUUUACAAGGGUCCAGCAAAGCUGCAAACAGCGAACAGCUUUCAGAAACACUGAGCAGCCUUUCUUUAACAUCACUGCUCUCGCCGAGCUCUCUGGUGCCCCUGCUGGUCAAGAAGAGCAACAGCACUGGAAGUUUGGCCCGAGGUAAAGAGGGAAAGGAAAGCAAAGGGACAAAGGACGGAUCAGAGGAGGUGCCACUGGUUGAUCUUCGGGUCACUGCAAAGGAGGAAUCAGAAUUUCAAGUGAAAAGUAGGAGUCAAGUAACAGUGGCAGGCUUUCGGAAAAACAGAUGAAACACUCUUUCUUUGGCAUUCCACGUUAAGCAGUCUGCAACUUUUCCUCUCCGUGUUUUCGUUGCAUUUUUCUGUGCGGAGAUGUUCAAAGUCGGACACAUGACGUUCCGUGUUAAGAACACCAAUCAAGAACAAAUCCCGAUCUAGCACUGUCACUCUCUUUUCAUCUGUGGCCUGGUCCUGUUUCCUAUUUUUGCUCACAGGAGAGGGUCGUAGACAAGCUGGAUCCAGUCCGAAAUGCACGUCUGCCCCUCCAGAGUAAAAGAAGCAGGGGACAAUACUUUACGAAACAACCACCAAAUCCUAAAUCCUGAUGGCUGAGGGCGUUUAAAUCAGGAUGUCCAAAUGCAAGAGCAGUAGGAUGUAGCGGUCUUGUUUAUGUUUUGGUAAAUUAAACAAGUUCAAAUGCAAAAUAAAAAAUAUUCUUUGAUGAAAAUAGGUAGCGACCUCCACAGGUACUGCGAGGAACGUUUGCAUCUUGUGGAAAGGGCAUGCAGCUGGACAGAAAGGUUUUGAGAAGGCUGAAAAAAAUCCAAGCUAUAUUUAGCAGCAUUGUGUGCACAAAGUAAAUGCUUGCAUGCAUCUGCGUGUGUGUAUGUGUGUGUGUGUGUGUGCGCGCACAUAUUUGUGUGUGCGUGCGCAUAUUUGUGUGUGUGCGUAUGUGAGACUGAACCUCGGUGCAUUUUCGACAUUUUGCCGAAUGCAAAAAGGGACCAAGACGAGAGACAUGACGAUAAACGGAAAAAUACUUAAAGUUUGUCUUAGAAAAGGGGAAAAAAAGAAAAAAAUAUUUUGCAUGACGGCAUCUCUUUACAGACAACUUGAAAUUUUAACACACACACACAGAUCCGUAUGACGAUGUCAAUGCCAGAUAGCGGUGUGAUUUUUACUGAGAUAUUUUUUUAUAAACAGGUCGGCUGUAACGGAAGCGAGGGAAGUACAUGUGUUAUUGUUGCCUUGUCCUCAUCCUGGCCCCACUGUUUCUCUGUCUGAUUUUCAGUUGUUUUCUGCAAGUGGCCUCCAAUUUUAUAACUUUGGUAACGGGAGGGUUUUGUUUUUUUGUACGCGGGGAAGAAAAAGAAGAAGACAAGGAGGUGACAAGAAGGAUUGAAGGACUUAAGCAGCUCUUGCAUCGCACAACAUGAAACAUCACGAAGCAGCAACGCUUGAAUUAACUGAGAGAAGUUUUGAAGAGCUUUAAUUUGAGUGUCAUAUGACUUUAAGGUUUAUCAGAUUUGCAACAGAUCCAAUUAUUUGAGCAUUACGCUUCUCUGGCAUGGUUGGUCACUGAACUGCAGUAGGAUGCUUCAUACUAUUAUUCCUUGAAUUUUUUGCUAAUUGCACUCAUUGGCGCUAUUCUUAGCUAGCUUAGAUCAACCAGCCAUUUGGCUCAUGUACAAAAACAGACCCUCUUUCAAACCUGUAAGUAUGGCACCCAAAAUACUCAAGAGGAAAUGAUGUUUUAAUGUAGUCCUUCUGUAGCACUUAGUGUUCCUGAUGUGUUUCUUUCUGUUUAUAGAAUUCAGGUGAUUCUCAAAAAAUAUUGUUCAGCUUGACCUGUUUGACCAGUUUUCUUUUCGACUGCUAGUGGUUGUCUGUCCAUAAUGUGGCGACGUCAUCAAGUGACCACUGUACAGUAUAUCAAUGGUGUUGUGGUUUAGUCAUGACUACACUAGUUCUCGUCACAGUGCUCGACACAGUGUUAGCUUUAGGUUUAAGGUGUUAGGUUUAAAGAAUUUAUUUAUCACUGAGAAAAAAAACAAAGACACAAAUAUGAAGGGCUUUCUCACUUUCCAAGAUCAUCUUGGAGAUCUGAAGACAAAUCUGCUGUCAGUCGACCUGACAACACACGGGAAGCUGACAAUACAGCAAUAAAGCGUAGCUUUGUGUAUGCCCUACGUCUGAAUACGUCUAAAUAUGAUGUUCUUUUAAUAGACUAGAAUAAUGCACAUAGUGAAGGUAAUCUCGGGGGCCAAUCAGAACACGACAUUUAUCAUCACAUGGGAGGACAGAAUGAAUAAAUGCUUAGAACUCAGGGCCUUGGAUCAUACCACUAAAGAGUGACCUGGAUUUUGAGAUAGGAGUGAAGGAAGGCAGGAAGGUUGUAGACAUCAUGACCAUGGCACAGCACUUUCUGGCCCUCACGGGCAAACAGAUUAACCCUGUCUAUGUUUAGAAAUGUGUCUUGGCUGUCAGCAUACUAAUCCGGUCUGUACAAUGAUUCAGCUAGAGAUGUGCACAGGGCUUUGUUUGAAACCUGCUCAUCUGCUUCAGGAGGAAAUCCCGAACAGUUCCACCCACUGCCAUGGAUACUCUGCUGUAAUCCUGUUUGAGAUAAAUUCUGAGUAUACUGCUAACCCCCCACGUACACUCUUAACCAAUCCCAUCAACUUUUGGAUCAAUCCCACCCACUCCCGCAGUAGAGGCUGAUCAAUCCCAGUGGUAUCCCUCAGUA